AUGGCGGCUGCCGUCCGGGACUCACGUGGGAGCGCGGGGAAGAAGCUGAAAAAUGCCCUCAAGAGGAAGAAGAAGAUGAAAAUGCUAGCCAAGGCGGCGGCCUCGGAGCCGGAAGAGGAGGACCGAGACGCUGCGGACAUGGGAGGUUCUACGGGAAAGUGUGCGUCACGGAAGGCUCACUUCUCUUCCGAUGACGAAGCAGCGGAGGCUGACAACGAAGAUGAGCUUGAACCCUGUGACAAUGACAGUGAAAAUGCGGCGGGGACCAGCUCGGGCUGGGCCGAUGCCAUGGCUAAAAUCCUGAACAAGAAAACCCCUAAGAGCAAACCCACCAUCCUGGUCAAAAACAAGGAGCUGGAAAAGGAAAAGGAGAAGUUAAAGCAGGAGAGACUGGAGAAGAGAAAGCAGCUCGAUAAGAAGCGGGAGUGGGAGAUGAUGUGCAGGGUCAAGCCAGAUGUGGUCACAGACAAAGACACCGAGAGGAACCUGCAGAGGAUCGCCACGAGGGGUGUGGUGCAGUUGUUUAACGCCGUCCAGAAGCAUCAGAAGAACGUGGACGAGAAGGUGAAGGAAGCUGGAAGCUCCAUCAGGAAGCGUGCGAAGUUGAUGUCAACCAUUUCCAAGAAAGAUUUCAUCAGCGUUCUGCGGGGCAUGGAUGGAAGUGCCAGCGAGAAAGCUUCGACCAGAAAGAGCUCGCAGGCCAAGCAGACUGAAGCGAGAGAAGAGGGUCCCGGAUGGAGCAUCCUGCGCGAUGACUUCAUGAUGGGCGCGUCCAUGAAGGACUGGGACAAAGAGAGCGACGGGCCGGGUGGCAGCAGUCCGGGCGGGGGAAGCGACUCCGACACAUAG